GUCAGGCUAACAUUAGCUCGCCAACUCUCUUAUUUUCUCAUUUAUUUGCUUUAAACUGUAUUUUUUUACGUAUAUUUAUUAUUGUACAGUACAAAGUGGAACAUACAUCCGCUCUGGAAACGUCCACAUCUAUACCGUCACCCGUGUAGACCACCAAACACAGCACAGGAGCGGAUAGAUCCACCCAAUCAGCGCCCGGGGGGCGGGAGCUGUAGGAAUACAGUGAUGGAGGACGAUAACGAGAAGAUAAAGGAGCAGCUGAGGCUUCAGUUCCAAACCCUGCAGCAGCAACAAGCCCAGCGUCUCCACCAGAGGCUGCAGAAGGAGAAACACCAAACAUCUGAUGAGGUGAGCUCCAUCAGCCAGAAGAGCCUGGACCUGACUGAGGAGGACGGCGAUGCCCCGGAGCAGAGCAGUCACAGGCAGCUGAAGAAGGAGAACCAGCAGCUACAGGAGCAGGUCCGGGAGCUCCGGGACGAGAACGGGCGCCUCCAUAAACUCCUGAGUGAGAAAGAGUUCGAGAUUAAACACCUGAGGAGGAAAAGAGAGGAGGACCGGCUGGCUUUAGUGGGUACGUCCGGUCUGGCCGGAGAUGCUGCAGCCACCAAGAUCGUGGAGCUCUCCAAGAAGAACCGGGAGCUGGUGGCUGAGAUGGAACGAGAGAAGAGCAGAACCAAACUGAUGAACAACAGAGUGAGAGAGCUGGAGAGAGAGGUACAGCUGCAGGACACCGUGGUGUUGAGUGGAGGAGUGACAGCAGAACAUAAGCAGGACGUGAGAAGCUCUCAGCAGGAGGUCUCUCCUCUGGUGAAGUCUCUGCAGGACAAAUUGAACACGGCUCAGUUUAAGAUGAGCGAGUAUCGCAAUCAGAUCCAGUCCAUUCGACAAGAACUGAAGAUAGCUCACAAGGUUCUGAGCUGUGAGCUGGGUGAGGACGUGAACGUUCAGCAGAUCCUCAUGAAUCCAGGAGGUUGGAGAGGUCGAGCUCAGCAGAUCCUGGCGCUGCAGAACAGGGUACGAGAUCUGGAGCAGCAGCUGGGCGCCACACCCAAAAGGAAACAGCCUGGUCAGCACAGCCCCGAGCAGAGCAUGCUGGGAAAUGGAGUCCAUCAGAGGAACCAGGACAAGAACCAGAGCUACAUCCGCUCCAUCGAGAGAGACAGGAAGGAAGCACUGGAGAAGCUGAGUGGUCAGUACGAUGUGUUAAUGACUGAACACACUGAUGUGAAGAGGAAGUUGGAGAGCAGCAGAGCGAGAAACCAGAUCCUGAGUACAGAACUCAAAACCAUCCGAGCACAACUACACACACUCAGUGAGAAAGGAAACCAUGACAACGAGCUGAUCCACGCCCUGCUGAAGCAGCAGGAGCACCUACAGGCUCUGUUGAGUCAGAUGGGGCAGAAGGAGGCGCAGCGGGAGGAGCAGAUCCAGAUUCGGGACACGCAGCAGAACCAGAGGAACACCGACCUGAUCCAGCAGCUCCGAGCCAUGGUGCAGGAGAAAGAGGAGAGGGUUCAACAUCUGGAACAGCACAUCCAGCUGCUCACGAAACCAGAGGGCGGGGCUUCAGAGAAAAGAAGUGCCAGAAGCUCCGCCUCCUCCACCAAGAGAGACGAUGAAGACAGGAAGUGUAGCGCUUCCAGUUCCAGAGAAGCGGGUGAGGUGGCGCGAUGCCCCGUCUGUGCCACCCUACAGCUCCAGUGUUCAGAGUUUAAAGCUCUGUACCAGGCUGCUAAUGUGGAGAGGGACCGGCUGCUGGAGCUCAGCAAACUUCAACAGCGCAGGGAGGACGAGGCCAAUCACAGGAGCUCUGAGGCUGAACAGAAGCUCAGAGACGAGAGACGCCACAGUGUGGUCCUUCAACAACAGCUGGAGAGACUCAAACUGGACUCGGUCAGAACCAACCGCAGCCGGACAGGUACGCUGAGUGUUCCUGAAAUACAGGAGGGUUCCUCACCCAGAAGAUCCUCAGAACCUUCACCAGACACCCAGAUGAGUGACCUCAGAACCCUACUUGCCGCCCGGCAGGAGGACCUGGAGGCUUUGAGGGCGUCUCUGAAGAGUGCCCUGAAGGCCAAAGAGGAAGAUCUGCAGCUCUACAGCACCAUGAUCGGCCAGGUCAAGCAGGUCUUCCUGCAGGCACUACGGCAACACAAACAGUCCAAAAAACAGGAAACGUAGCAUCAAGACUCAGGGACUCAGAGGAUCCAGAGUUCAGACGACCUGAUCAUCCUGAAGUCUCACAGUCUCAGAUCUUCUCCAGCGAGUUUUACUCUCUUUCCACUGAGCUAACCAGCCACCACUGUUCCAGGUCUCUUUUCUUUGAGGAUACUGGCUCUCGUUGUUGUUCGGUGGAGUCCCAAAGCAUUGGAAAUGACUGACACUGUGGCUUUAUUGUUGUGAUUAUAUCAAGUAAACUAGCUAGUUAAUAAAAC